UCAUUUCAUCAUUCGCCGAAGUAGAAGGUACAGUACGGCGGUUAAGGGCGAUCGAAAUCACCAUAAAUCAGUUAAAUACACUUCCUCUGGGGUUAAAGCGUCGUGUAUUUGGCUGGGUGAAGGUUUGUUGGUAAACAAGAGCUUUCAGCUGCUAUUAGUGUUUUAUUCAGACCGAGAGAGCCCAACAUGGAGUUUUAAUGCAAUGCGGCGGUAACUGCACGGCAUAGGCAUGCAACAGGCACAGAAAAACGCUUUGCGGGACUUUACCAUCACAACUGCCAAGCAGUUGGGCUCUGAUACCCUCCGCGGUAUAGCCGUGAGCCAACCAAUACCUCUCCUACUUGACAGGAGGAAGCUAACGCUAGCCAGUUAGCCUCUCGUUUCAUUCAUUUAGCUGUUACAACAUUAAAGCCAUCCACUACUACCCUCUCUGUCCUCAUACCAUCCUGUAAAGAUGAAGCCUCAAGACAUCAUUGCUGUGAAAUCCAGCCUGUGGAUCUUCGGGUACGGCUCGUUGGUUUGGAAGCCAGACUUCAAGUACAAGAGGAGCAAGGUCGGUUAUAUUAAGGGGUACAAGAGACGCUUUUGGCACGGGGAUAAUUUCCAUCGUGGAGAUGAUGAAACGCCCGGAAGAGUGGUGACGCUCAUCGAGGAGGAUGACGCGUGCACCUGGGGUGUUGCAUUCGAGGUUACUGGCUCUCAGAUAGAUGAGUGUCUGAAGUAUCUGAAUGUGAGGGAGGCGGUGAGAGGUGGCUAUGCCACCCAGGCUGUUGAGUUCUUCCCACAGGGCACGAACCAGUCACCUGUCCAGGCUUUGGUUUACAUCGCCACUUCUGACAACCCUAUUUACCUGGGGCCAGCCAGCACAGAGGAAAUCGCCACUCAGAUUGCUGUGUGCAAGGGAAAGUCAGGCUACAACAUAGAGUACUUGCUUCGCCUGGCCGAGUUCAUGAGAGUGAGCUGCCCUGAUGUGGAUGACCCUCACCUGUUCUCCAUCGAGGCAGCUGCCCUAGCCAUCAUUAGACCCAUAUUAGCAGCCCAGUAACCUGUAUCAUCUGUAACGCUUUAACUAUGGCACUGAGGCUAUCAACACCUAGUCCAGACACCAUAAAGGUCCUAUCAAAAGUUAAUUUUGGUGUGAUUGUGAUUUUAGUGGCUGUGUUCAGAUAUGCUAUUCACACUAAACCUAUGCUAUUAAAUUUGACUGUACUAAGGUAGUCACUGUAGAAAGGAAACAUGGUCUUAAGCUGUUUUGUUUCAAUCAUGUAGCGUGGCAUCUUGCAUACUGUCAAUUUUCAUUGUUUUGUGGUCUUAACCCCAAGUAUAUGAUACUGUAGUACAACUGUACAAAUGCAUGCUUGUGGUAAUGUAUUGCCAAAGUUUUUUUUUUUUUUUUUUUUUGUGGCCACGAAACCUCAUUAGUGUGUCAGUACACUUGUCAAUUUUAUUUGCACUAAAGUAUGCUGUUAAGCCAUUAAAAUUUUCUCCUUUUGCACAUUAAAACCUUUUAAGGAUC